AUUUUUGAUGUUCAUAAGGUGCAUUUAUAUGCGUUCUCAGCGGAAGCUUGAUGCCACCAUUCGGUCAGCAGAUCAUCCCCAGCAAUCAUGAACCCGCCACUUUCCCUACCGCCCAACUUGGCAACACAACCCCCGCUGUCAAAAUCGAGCAACAUAGCAGCCACACAGGUGUCUUCUGCGGAAAUCUUGGCCGAUGCCCAUGAUAUCAAGCAGACCGAUUUCCGCAAACCAGACCUGAAUAUCCAGGACCUCGAUGAGCUCAGGCUGUUUCAGCUUGCGAAGCGUAGAGACUAUGAGCAGCAACUCAAUAAAAACAGACUUAACUAUGGCCAAUGGAUGCGGUAUGCCAAGUGGGAAAUUGAGUUCAGCCACGAUUUGAAACGUGCCCGGUCAAUCAUGGAGCGGGCCUUGGAGGUGAACGUCCAGCACGUACCUUUCUGGGUCAGGUAUAUUGAGCUUGAGCUCUUGCACAAAAACGUGAAUCACGCCCGCAAUCUCUUGGACCGUGCAGUGACCAUAUUGCCCAGGACAGACAAGUUCUGGUUCAUGUACGUGCAAACCGAGGAGACUUUGGGCAACUUUGCAGGUGUGCGGCUGGUAUUCGAGCGCUGGCUCCAGUGGCAUCCCAGCGAGCUGGCCUGGGACUCGUAUGUUCUGUUUGAGGAGCGGUAUGGCGAGGUGGAAAACGCCCGUGCCGUCUUGCUCCGGUAUGUGGUCGAGUUCCCCACCGGCGACACGUGGAAACGCUGGCUUCUACUUGAAACGAUGCUACCAGUGGUGGACGACAUGCAGGUGGCGAAAACUCGAGGUGUUUUCGAGGCAGCCUUGGACACGUUGCUUGCCUCCGGAAAGUCAGGUGCAGACCGAAGCAUCCCGGGCAUUGUUUUGCUUUGGGUGGACUGGGAAACCAGCGUAGGCGAGGCCGAGCGAGCGCGGGCGAUAUUGGCCACAGCCCUCGAUUCCGACUUGCUUCUGAAGGAGCAGAAACUCGAGGUGUUGCGGACCUCGGCCCAUUCUUCGGGCGUCGCCGCAAGUCUUGGUUCGCCGGGCUCAUCGGGUGCAGCAUUGCCGUUGAAGAAUCGCCUUCGUUUGGAGAAAGCCGUGAUGGAAAACCCCCGGGACUACGACUCCUGGUGGGAGUACGCCAAGCUCCAAGAACUGGCGCUCGGGGCCAGGCACGUGAUGGACAUACUUUCGAAAGCCGUGGAACACUGCCCCUUGGACGAGCUCAAACUGACCACAUGGCGCAGAUACGUAUAUCUCUGGAUCAAGUUGGCCUUGUACCACGAGUACGUGGCGAAAGACAUCCCAGGAGCGCGAGAAGCCUGGCGUAGAAGCCUCCAGACGGUCCCCCACGGCAAGUUCACGUUCGCCAAACUAUGGGCGAUGUCAGCCGAAUUCGAGCUCCGCAACGGCGGCGGGCUCGCCAAGGCCCGCAAGAUCCUAGGCCUGGCCAUCGGCCAGUCGUGCAAAGAACGCCCAAAGAGAAAGCUCUUCAAGUACUACGUUGAAUUGGAGAAGCGGCUCGGUGAGUUGGAGCGGGUGCGCAGAGUGUACGAAAAGUGGCUCGAGAGCUCGUUGGUCUGCGACAGGCAGACCGGCGAGGCGCAGAGCGUGGCCGUGCUCCAGCAGUACAUCGACUUCGAGAAGUCCGUGGGCGAGUCCGGCAGAUGUGUUGCGCUUUUCGACAUCGGGAUCUCCGGCGAGUUCCCCCCGAGCGGUGUUUUCUUCGAUGCUUAUAUCGACUUUCUCAAGGACGAGUUCCGGUACGACAAGGCCCGCGAGGUAUACCGGGCCAGGCUCGGAUCGGCGGGCUCUUGGAUCCAGCUUGCGCUUUUCGAGUCGAGCAUUCUUUCGCCCGAGCAGAUGGACGAGCUCGAAAGAGCGGACAGUGACGAGGUGCGCUUCGAGGUCGGGGAGCACCAUUUGCGGAGCACCAGGGCGAUAUUCUCCGAGGCCUACGCGCAGUUCAGAGACGCCCAGGAUGGCGCCAACGCCACGCAUAUAGUGGAGGCGUGGCUCGAGUACGAGAACAUGCAUGGCAGCCGCGAGCAAGCAGAGCAAGUCAGGGCCAAGGCGCCCAAGCAAAUCACGAAACGGAGAGGGUCCGGCGGCGUCGAGGAGAUCUACCACGAGUACGACUUCCCGGAAAGCGCGCCGAACCUCAGCAGGUUUUUGGCCAAAGCAAAGCAGUGGGCGUCUACAACCACGGGCUGAAGGCGCUUCUCCGCGCGCCCCAUGUCUACGAGUCCGAGGGCAGAACCGGCUGGCCUCGUGCUCCAUACUCCAGCUGUGUAUUAAGUUUAAGUCGGGGCCUACAUACCGCCGCGUAGGGUCAACACCAAGUGCAAGGAGGUGCCCGGCUGGAUCCCUGCGGCCUCAACGGUGAGCUCGUCGUCCAACUGCGAGCCGUUGAAAAUCAAGCGCUGCUGCGCGGGCGGAAUGCCCUCUUUUUCCUCCAUAAUUUCCUUGAUGCGGAU